GUAAAGUUUUUCAGCUGCACUCCUUUGUAGCUAUUUCUUUACUUUAAAUAAAUAUGUCUCGAGUUUUAAUAGUUGGUGCAGGACUUACAGGCAGUUUGUGUGCCUGCCUUUUGCGGAGGGAACUGCCAAACAAAGUCAAAAUAGUCGUUUGGGAUAAAUCUCGAGGAGCAGGAGGGAGAAUGUCUACAAGCAGAAGUCCAAGUGACCCCUUUUGCACAGCUGAUCUUGGUGCUCAGUACAUCACUGCUACGCCCUAUUACGCCCGAAUUCAUAGCAGUUUUUAUGAAGAGCUCCUGGACCAUGGUAUUUUAAAACCUCUGGAGACCACAGUAGAGGGUAUGAUGUCAAAGGAGGAAGGGCUGUUGAACUAUGUUACUCCAAUGGGGGUCUCUUCCAUUGUCAAACAUUACCUAAAAGAGUCAGCAGGAGCAGAGGUGCUAUUUGACCAUCACGUCACCCAUAUUUACCAGAAGGGGACAGGCUGGGAGGUGUGUCGGAAGGGUGGAGCAGCAGAGCAGUUUGAUGCGGUGGUCCUCACAAUGCCUGUCCCUCAGAUACUACAGCUGCAGGGAGAUCUGGGCUCCUUGAUAGGAGAGAAUGAGAAGCAGAAGCUGGAGGCUGUGAGCUACUCCUCCCGCUACGCGCUGGGACUCUUCUACAAAGCCGACGUGCACAUCAACGUCCCCUGGGCCGCCAAGUACAUCGCCAAUAAUCCCUGCAUUCGCUUCAUCGCCAUAGACGAUAAAAAGCGCAAUUUAGUGUCAGGACAGUGUGGGCCGGCCGUAGUCAUCCACACCAGCGUGCCCUUUGGCGUCCAACACCUAGAGGAGGAUAAAGAAGAGGUCCAGCCAAUCAUAAUGGCUGAGCUGGACAAGCUGCUCCCCGGCCUUCCCCCACCAGACAACAUCAAAUGCCAGAAAUGGAGGUACUCGCAGGUGACGAGAUCGGUGACUGAUUGCCCCGGGCAGAUGACACUGCUCUCCAAGCCUCUGCUGGUGUGUGGGGGAGAUGGAUUUACUCACUCCAAUUUUGACGGCUGCAUCGAGUCUGCCCUGAAGGUCUUUGAGGUUCUGAAGUCGUCCCUCUGAAGUGGA